CCAGCUCAUCAUCUUCCAGGAUGCUCCUCAACUACUCUUUUUCACUGGCACUCAUCAUGCAUCAUCAUUCCUCCAAUUCCCGUCCAACCCUUGAUUGCUGCAUCACUUCGUUUUGGCAUCCAUAUAGGGUUUUCUCGAAGAGCCCUCGCUAUACCUCUUAAAGGUGAAGAUUCAUAGUUGUCGCCGUCGCGACUUUGAUGGAUUUUGCUAAAUUAAGCGGGAACGGUGAGAGUUUUUUUUGGGUGGAAAGGGUUGAUGUAUUUCCAUGGCUCGGUUAUAUUCAUCUACUCCUCCAAGACCAAGAAGAUGCUUUCGAAUAGAAGACCGUCGUUUAAGCAUCGGUAAAACUCUGGUGGAAGUCUCAAGCAACCGUGAUCCUUUGUCUUUCGUCCCCUUCAAUUUCAACACUAGCCAUCUUCGAGCACUUGCAGAGAAGACUGACAAAUCUCGAAGGCACCCGUAACUAUCACAAAGACUAGAGGUGGAUCUAUAAAGUACCUCUUCCUCGUUUCUAAUUUCUCACUUUCAUUUCAUCUUCCUUAAUUCCGGCUUCCACGCUCCUACCUGCCUUCCUCCAUUUCAUCCCUCCACUGGAGCGAUGACUUGGACAGACUUACAGUGCCGGUCCAGCACCAUGAGUCCAUGGAAGGAAGGAAUCCAUACGCCGGCGCGUCGGAAUGCCCAUUGUUUAAUUCCAGACUCCUCCGUUUCUUUUUACGUUCUGUUUCUAUUCUCAUGUUUCUGGUGGCACGCUCAAUCGGAUUUUGACGCGUUUUCAUUACAUUGCGUUCUCACUUCCUACGACAUUUUUUCUCCCCACGGGACACGCCCUUUGCCAUGUUUCAUUGUUUUCAUCAGAUAUUGAUGCAGGGUCGAAGAUGACUCGGAAGACUUCGAAAAGUCUAAAUGGGAGAUUUAUGUCAAAUAACUGUGAAUCGUUUUUUUUCACGGCACUUUCACUUCAUUUUAUCAAAUUCUCUCGACGCAAUGCAGGGUCGAAGACUCGAAGGUGACUCGGUUUACAGAAUGACUUGGUGCUUUGGCCCGCAGAAGCCGGGAAAUUGCCGAGAUUCUUAUGUCAUUUUUUUCCUCACAAGAAGCCCCUUUUCUUUGCGAUCCAAGCACUACAUUCAUGUCUAGCGUCGAACAGCAAAUCAACACCAUCCGAGCCGCAGUGGGCAACUCUGACCCAUGGGUCUCUGGCACUAUUCAGGUUCCCCCUGAUAGUCUCGACCUAUACUAUCUUGAUAAAUCGGGUGUCCCGCAAAUCCUGAAAUUGACACCGGGAGCCGCUGUAGAUGACCUGAACAAACUAUCCACUUACUGCGAUAGAGCCACCUUCGGACGCGCCAAAGAAGAGUUGUUGGACGAGUCCUAUCGGAAAGCGGGAAAAAUGGACGUCGAGCGGUUCGCCUCCAAACUCGAUUCGAAUGUCAUCCGCUUGCUACCUGGGAUUUUACCCCAGCUUUUGAGGGGAGAGGAUGUAGACAGAAAGGUGGACGCCGAGUUGUACAAGCUGAACGUUUACGAUGCAGGAAGCUUCUUUCGUGUACAUAAGGAUACUCCUCGCGGUAAAUACAUGUUCGGCUCGUUGGUCAUAGUCUUUCCAACCCUCCACACUGGUGGCCAACUCGUCCUUCGUCACGGCGAGAAGGAGCACAACUUUGACUCUGGCACCAUCCUAUCCAACUCUCCUUCUCCCAACGACACCAUCGCGUACGUGGCCUUCUUCUCCGACGUCGAACAUGAAGUAUUGCCCGUCAUCUCUGGCCAUCGCAUUACGUUGACCUACAACCUCUACUUUUCCAAAUCGAGUAAUCAAGGUCCUGAUUCCCUCCUCGUAACAAAAACGAACCUCAAAUUGAGAGACGCGAUUUCUGCUAUACUCGACAACCCCCAGUUCCUUCCUAACGGUGGUCUACUUGGAUUCGCGCUAUCCCACUCUUACGCUGUUGAUACUCAAAGCAGUGAGAGCCUCAACGAGAUCCUUCGGGUCCUCAAAGGCGAAGAUGCAGUUAUCCGCUCAGCAUGUGAAGACCUCGGCCUCGAUCUGUCAAUCAACUGCGUUAUUAAGAACCGGCUCUUACUGAACCACGCUAUCGAUUUGUCGGACUACGGAGAAAUAGAGGGAUCGUUGCUCAACGUCGUUAUGAGGCACGAGCGGGGAACGUUGACUCAUCGUUACAAUGGCAAACCGUUUUGGGAAUAUGGACAGCGCGGAAAGUAUUCGAAAGCAAUAGCUUGGAUUAAGCAUUUAGGGGAAAGUCAGGCGGGAUAUAAGUCAUCGUAUAUUGCUUAUGGGAACCAGGCGAGUUUGGCGUUUGAGUAUAUACACUUGACUUUGGUCGCUGCUUUUGGGCCUGUGGGCGAUAGGAAGAAUUGGUCGGCUUAUAAAGGCGAAGAGCGUGUUUAGUUUCCCACCCACUCCGUACAUCCUGUAUGAGAAUCCAGAUUGAGG